UUAAUUUUUUUGACUGCGAUGAUUUCCGGGUUCUAUCUGACAUGAAGCUAAUGUAAGAAUAACGCUGAUUCAUUGAUGCUUAACUUUCGCUCGGUUAUCAAUGGAAUUACAUGGUUCUAUCUACAGAAAUUUGCAUAGACGUCAGAUUACAAGGUUCUAACUGCGAACGAAUAGCAGUCCGUUGUUUACUCACGUGAUCGGUCAUUUAAAUGUCCACAGGCCAUAGGCGCUGACGGCUGUAGCUAAUGGGAGAGUGCCAUUUCGUGGCACGUGAGCAUAAUAAUAAUUAAAUAGCCAAGAUGGCUGCACGCCGAGCUUUGUUGCUUAAACGAAAAUCAGUUAAACCUGCAGAAAUAGGGAGACUUUUGGAGGAGUUGAGCGACGAUAGUGACAAGGAUGCAGAUUAUGUGAAGGAGUCUUCAUCUUCAUCUGAGACUGAAAGUGACAGCGGCCAUGAACGUCGCAAGUCAGGCAGAAGACGCCGCAUGCGGAAGUCCAAGCAAUCUAGAUCUCAAAAGAAAGUUGUCACAAAGAAAAAAAAUACAGAGCCACUACCGCAGUCAAAUCCAAAAGCAGUCGACGAUGAACAAGCAUCUGAGAGAAUAAAACACGUCAUAACUCAACAUGGACUGCCCAUCACUAAUUCACUGAGGUCCACUGAUCCUUGCACACCAGGCCCUGCUGAAAUUGAAGGAGUGUUGGAGUUGAUUUCACCCCAGCUGGACUUGUCUACUAACCUGGAGUCUAUUUUAUGCACACCAGCUGAGAAGGAGAUUGUGUUGUCUAACAUGGAGUCAUCUAGUCUUCGUCCAGUAGCUGAAUUGCAGACUGGUACAGUUCCAGAGUUGGCUUCUGAACAAAGAGAGACAGUUGUGAAUGAAGGGCAAUCGGUGUUAUGUAAUAGUGGAAACAGAACAAGAAAACGAAAGAGAGACCCAGAAACAUGGCUAGUGAAUACACGCAAGACAAAAUGUCAGUCUGGUUUGGAAUACGUAAACAGGAGGGGGAAACUGGUUCCAGCCAAAGAAAUUAGAAACAGAAAGGAAUGUCAGACAGCCUGCAAGUUUGAGUGUGCCAAGAAAAUAAAUGAAUUUGAGCGACAGCAGAUCUUUGCUGACUUCUAUAAACAAACUCAGAAUGAGAAGUAUCAUUUUUAUGGAAAAACUACUGAGCGAAUACAGACAUUAAGACCAGCGAAGAAAGGUUCUGUUUCACGUAGACAUCACUCGUUUCGUUAUUUCUUCUUUACUGGAAACAUAAAGCAUCGAGUUUGUAAACAAUUCUACCUCAGCACUUUGUGUAUCAGUCAGAAACCGAUCUACAAUUUUCAUUCCAAGAAGAGUCAAGUAACAGGUACGCCAAAACCAGAUAACAGAGGCAAGCAUGUCAAGAAGGCGAUAUCGCAGGACAGAAAGCAGGAGGUUCUUGACCAUAUAGAUUCUUUUCCUCGAGUGGAAUCGCACUACACCAGAGCUAAUUCAAAACGACAAUACCUGGAACCUGAAUUAAGAAGCGUCACUAAACUCUAUGAGCUGUACUGUGAGCGAUGUGCAGAAAGUGGUCAUGAACCAGUCAAGCUGUCAUAUUAUCAACACUUGUUUGUAACGAAGCGUAACUUGGAUUUUCACAUGCCCAAAUCUGAUCGUUGUGACCUUUGUGAAGAAUUCAGAAUUAUGAAACUGAAUGGAAAUAUCGACCAGACAUUAAAGGCAAAGUAUGAACAUCAUCUUGCUGAAAAUAAGGCUAUGAGAGAACAGCGUAACGCAGACAGAGAUGACAAAACAAAGUUUAUCGUUUCUUUCGAUCUUGAAAACGUUAUCAACCUUCCAAAGGCUGGCACUGGUAAUUUCUUUUACAAAAGGAAGUUGAAUCUUUACAAUUUGACUGCUCAUGUUUCAACAACUGGACAAGGCUACUGUGCCAUUUGGGUCGAGACACUUUCUGGUCGUGCUGGUACUGACAUUGCCAGUGCCCUUGUGAAAUUGUUGUCAAAAAUAGCUGAAGAUAACCCAAAUGUUAAGGAGAUCAUCACUUGGAGUGACAGCUGCGUACCCCAGAACAGAAACUCUAUAAUGGCUUUUGCUAUGGCUGAUUUCUUACGUUCACACACCAACAUUGAAGUGAUUGACAUGAAGUACUCAGUUCCUGGCCAUUCCUGCGUACAAGAAGUUGAUGGAAUGCACAGCCAAAUUGAGCAGGCAAUGGAGGUUGCCGAAUUCUACUCUCCGUUGUCUUUCAUAAGACUGUUGCUGAAAGCCAAAAGGAGGCAACCAUUCAAGGUGUUGCAAAUGCGGAAGGAAGACUUUAAGGAUUUCCAGACACCUUCAAAAUUAUAUGCCUAUCAGAAGAUUCCCUUUUCUCAAGUCGUCAGUCUGAAAAUAACUCAAGGACUUCCCUAUGAUGUGCAGUACAGAACAGCUUGGAUGCAGGCUGCAUAUCAUACAGUGAACAUUAGAACAAGGAUUCCCCAAAAGGCUGAAUCAAAGAAUACAUUUCCGUCUGUGAAAGCCUUGACACGGAAGCAGAUUAAUGAAUUGUCGAAAGAAAAGAAGAAGGAUUUGCAGAGCAUGCUGAAAUUUAUGCCCAAAGAAGACAAGGAAUACUUUGAGAAGACAGUUUUGAAAUAAAAUACAUAGUUCUAGGAGAUUCCUAGAUACUGUGCCCAUGAUGGCAUAAGAAUUAGUCUGGACUUCACGUGCAUCAUUUUAUUGCUCAUUUUGUAUGACAUAGUAAUAAUAAUA